CAUACUGGAGAGAAACCCUACAAAUGUAAAGAAUGUGGCAAAGCUUUUAACCAAUCUUCAAACCUUACUGAACAUAAGAAAAUUCAUACUACAGAGAAAUCCUAUAAAUGUGAAGAAUGUGGCAAAGCUUUUAACCAACACUCAAACCUAAUUAACCAUAGGAAAAUUUAUACUGGAGAGAAACCACACAAAUGUGAAGAAUGUGGAAAAGCUUUUAAUCGAUCCUCAACCCUUACUAGACAUAAGAAAAUUCAUACUGGAGAGAAACCCUACAAAUGUGAAGAAUGUGGCAGAGCUUUUAGCCAGUCUUCAAACCUUACUGAACAUAAGAUAAUUCAUACUGGAGAGAAACCCUACAAAUGUGAAGAAUGUGGCAAAGCUUUUAACCGAUUCUCAACCCUUACUAAACAUAAGAGAAUUCAUACUGGAGAAAAACCCUAUAAAUGUGAAGAAUGUGGAAAAGCCUUUAAUCAGUCCUAUCAACUUACUAGACAUAAGAUAAUUCAUACUAAAGAGAAACUCAACAAAUGUGAAGAAUUUGGCAAGUCCUUUAAACAGUCCUCACACCUUACUAUCCAUAAAAUUAUUCAUACUGGAGAGAAACCCUACAAAUGUGAAGAACAUGGCAAAGUUUUUAACCAGUCCUCACACCUUACUACACAAAAGAUAAUUCAUACUGGAGAGAACCUCUACAAAUUUGAAGAACAUGGAAAAGCUUUUAACCUAUUCUCAAACAUUACUAACCAUAAGAUAAUUUAUACUGGAGAGAAACCCCACAAAUGUGAAGAAUGUGGAAAAGCUUAUAACCGAUUCUCAAACCUAACUAUACAUAAGAGAAUUCAUACGGGAGAGAAACCUUACCAAUGUGCAGAAUGUGGCAAAGCCUUUAACUGCUCCUCAACCCUUAAUAGACAUAAGAUAAUUCAUACUGGAGAGAAACCUUACAAAUGUAAAGAAUGUGGCAAAGCUUUUAACCUAUCCUCAACCCUUACUGCACAUAAGAAAAUUCAUACUGGGGAGAAACCCUAUAAAUGUGAAGAAUGUGGCAAAGCUUUUAACCAAUCCUCAAAC